UAUGUGUGGAGUUGAUGUUGGUAGCGGUACUCAGGAUUACCGGACUGAGGUGGCUAAAGUGUAUUGCUCACAGUUACUGCCCUGCUACACAGCAAAUCUUCCAACAUUCUUCUACAAAUCCAAAGACUUUUCAAAAGCUUUCCUCCAUUUGCAAAUUUAUAACGAUGGAGGACAAGGAAACUCUUGCUAUGCUGAGUCAACCUGGGGAGAAGCGGGCAUGUCCAGAAGAGGAUUCAGAACACACUGCUAAGAGAACCAAACUUCAAGAUGAAGGCAAUGACAGCCAUGGCAACAAAAAGACAGAGGAACAGUGUGAGGAGGAAGAGGAGAUUGAAGAGGAUGGAGGGGAGCAUCUGGGGGAUGAAGACAAAGAGGGAGAGAGCUUUGCUGAUAUGAUGAAGCAUGGUCUUAGUGAAGUGGAUGUAGGCAUUCACAAAUUUGUCAGUGAACAUAAGGGAUUUUCUGGAAUUCUAAAAGAGAGGUACUCUGAUUUUGUGGUUCAUGAAAUAAACAAAGAGGGAAAGAUUGUGCAGCUUGAUGACCUCAGUGUACCUGUGGAAACAGAGGAAGUAUCUGAAGAGCCAGUUGAGUGCCAGGCUCUGACAGAAGAGCAGAAACAACAGCUCAGUGAUCUGCAACUCUUUAAAAACAAGGAGGGAAACGUGGCUAUUGAGGUGGAGGAAGAUUCCAAGGAGAAACGUACUGCGCUCCAUAAAGCAGUGAAGACUCUGUACCCUGGACUGGAGACCAAAACUGAGGAAAGAGAGGGCAAAAAGUUCAUAGUGGCAUACCAUGCAGCAGGGAAGAAAGCAUUAGCAGCCCCAAGAAAACAUUCUUGGCCCAAGAACCGUGGUAGCUUCUGCCAUUUUGUCCUCUACAAGGAGAAUAAAGAUACCAUGGAUGCCAUAAAUGUUCUUUCAAAAUUUCUCAGGGUCCGACCCAACGUCUUUUCCUACAUGGGCACUAAAGACAAGAGAGCCAUCACAGUUCAGGAGAUUGCUGUGCUAAGAAUCAGCGCAGUAAGAUUAGCUCACCUCAAUAAGUGCCUGAUGAACUUCAAACUGGGGAAUUUCAGCUAUAAAAAGCACCCUUUAAAACUGGGGGAGCUGCAGGGGAACCAUUUCACUGUGGUACUCAGGAACAUCUCUGGCUCAGAUGAGCAAGUAGAACAGGCCAUGACAUCACUCAGGGACACAGGCUUUAUCAACUACUAUGGCAUGCAGCGUUUUGGGACCACAGCUGUCCCAACACACCAGGUUGGCAGGGCCAUUCUGCAGAACAACUGGACUGAGGUAAUGGACCUCAUCCUGAAACCAAGGCCUGGGGCUGAGAAGGGCUAUCUGGUGAAGUGUAGAGAAGAGUGGGCACAGACUCGGGAUCCUGAGGCAGCACUGAGGAAGCUACCAGUGAAGCGUUGUGUAGAAGGACAGCUCCUUAGAGGCCUUUCAAAGUUCGGCAAAAACAACAUUAUUACAGCUUUUGGGCUGAUUCCUCGCAACAACAGGCUCAUGUACAUCCACAGCUACCAGAGCUUUGUGUGGAACACCAUGGUCAGUAGGAGAGUUGAAGCCUAUGGCCUUAAAGCUGUAGAAGGGGACUUGGUACUCAAAGGAGGCAGUGCUCACAUACUGUCUGCUGAAGAAGCCGAGAAGCAGCCCAUUCAUGAUGUUGUGAUGCCGCUACCUGGAUUUGAUGUAAUUUACCCUACACAUGAGGUGGGAAAGGGGUACAAAGACAUGCUGGCAGCCGAUAACCUGGACAUUGAUAACAUGAGACACAAAGUGCGAGAUUAUUCGCUCGCUGGAGCAUAUCGCCGCAUCCUCAUCCGGCCCAGUGAUGUCAGCUGGGAGGUGAUCAACUAUAAUGACAACACAGUACCUCUGAUCCACACAGAUGUCCAGAAACUGGAAAACAAACCAGCACCAGUGUAUCUUACAGAGGGUAAAUACAGGGCUCUGAAGAUGGAUUUCUCCCUCCCAUCCUCUACGUAUGCUACCAUGGCCAUCAGAGAAGUUCUGAAAAUGGACACUAGCAUCAAGAGCCAGACACGGCUUAAUACUGUGUGGCUGAACUGAGCACCUCGGUCUGUCUGCAGUUUUAUUGCUGGAGCAACUGAUCCAAAAUUUCAACCAGAAAAAUAGCACAGAGGAGCUACUGAAUUGUUGUUCAAUCCUUUUUUAUUUUUGGUUUUUUGUUUCUAGACGACAUUGUUUUUAAAGUUUACUUUCAGACUCUCUGUUCUUUAUGCAUUUUCUCUCCUUUUUUUUCCCUUUUCAGCACGUCCAAUUGCCCGAUUGCAUCAUGCCUCCUCUCCACCAAUGCUGAUCCCUGCUCUGAUUGAGGAGAACAAAGCCAACCCACACCCCCUCCGACACGUGGGCAGCAUGCCAUAUGCAUCUUAUCACCUACACUUUGACGAGUGCAGUGCAGCUCAGCGUUGUGUACGGAGAGACACACCCUAAGAGCACUCUUUUCUCAUCUCUGUGCAGGUGCCACCAGUCAGCCAACAGAGGUCACAAUUGCACCAGUCAUGAGAGAGAGAGAGAGAGAGAGACCCCAUUCGGCUUAGUCCCGCCCAUCUGAACAACAGGCCAAUCAUUGUUCAUGUGGCUGCUCAUCCUCAGCCGACAGGCAGAGCUGAGAUUCGAUACAAUGUAUUCGAGAUCCCAGCUCUGGUUCCAGUGUGUGUUUUUACUGCUGCGCCACCUGAGCGGCCUGUUACACUGGUAUUUAAUCCACAUUGGUAAAACAGAAGCUGGGGCCUCAUCUAUAAACACACUGUAUUAUUCCCAAAUGUGGACAGAGAUUUUUUUUUUUUUAAAUGAUAUAUAAAACAUUUGUACAUAAAUACUCUUAAUUAAUCUCAAACAUCCUUGUUAAAAUGGUGCAAAAGGAUGGCUUGUGUUUGCUUAUUAACAGACAGAUGGAUUCUUUUAUUAUGCAAAAUGUGUCUUUUACUUUGGCAUAUCAAAUAAACUGUAUAGACAGAAUUUAUACAAAAUCUUAAAUGCAUCCUUUACAUAAAACAGCACUCUACUGACCCAUUUUUGUAAGCUUAAAGAAAACAUUUUUUCAGUAGCUUAGUUUUAGGUUUUAAUAAUCAAGAAUUUUGUAGUAGCAUCCAAUGCAUAUCAUUUGAUCAUUUGUUUUUAAUAAAUUGGCCCCUGUAACUGAGCACACAGAACUGAUCUCUUGGUCCUUGAUUGAUGUAUGUAGAGCAAAUGUGUCGGGUUGGUUUUCAGGUGUACAGAUUGGACAAAUCAAAUACUAUCUUUUUAUUUUGUGCAAUUAAAUGACUUUUUGCGGAAGAUGCCAAGUGAAUAAGUAUAAUAAAAUCCUUUAUACCUGCAGCGUUCAGUUUCAAAGUUUUAGUAACCUCUGGUUUAUAAGUAAAGUGCCUUUUAAAUUUGGUUAUCCUGAUAAAAUAUCCCAUAUUUUCAUUGUAACAAUCUAAUUGAAGAUGUCAAAGAUAUGAUGCAGGCUCAGUAACCCUAGGUCAAAAACAAGCUGUGUCUUGUGUCGGAAACAUAUUUUGUAAGAGACAUGUAAUAGCAGUCUUGUCAUAAAAUAUCAAUUUAAAAAUAUAAAUAACUGAAAAUGAAUAAAUCACAAAUUUGACUGGAAAAUGCACAUACAGGAAUUUACAUUUUUUUAUUUAGACAGACAAAGAAAAAAGCUGGAACAGGCUUUUUUUGAAACCUGUUGGAAAGACUGCAUCUCUGCAGCACUCCAAAAAAUCCAGCUAAUUUUAUAGUUGUGGCCACUGUAAAAAACACAGCAGCCAGUUUUGAAUUUGAUAAACAGCAUGUAAAGGACUGUCAUAUUUGUUUAUUUUUUACCUCAUAAUGUCAAGGAUUUAACCUUAACCUUGACAGUACUAAAUUCUACCUAACACACCUGUAACUUGUUUUAUAGUUUUUUUAUAACACUUCAUUUUGAGUGACAUAAUUGUACACAUGCUGGAUUGCUGACAAUCUGUUCACUGAUAUUCUUCCUACCUACAGUACUAUUCUAUCCACAAUUAAACAAUCAUGUGUACAUCAUCUCUUAGUGCAGAUAGUAUUAGGGUGGCUGGCUGGGUAGCACUGUCGCCUCACAGCAAGAAGGUGCUAGGUCCUUUCUGUGCGAAGUUUGCAUGUUCUUCCCGUGUCUGCGUAGGUUUCUGCUGGGAAAUCCAGUUCCCUCCCACAGUCCAAAAACAUGCAAGUGAGGCGAAUUAGAGAUAUAGAAUUGUCCAUGACUGUGUUUGACAUUAAAUUUGAACUGAUGAAUCUUGUGUAACCAUUAACUACCUGUCCUGUCAUGAAUGUAACCAAAGCGUGUAAAACAUGAUGUUAAAAUCCUAAUAAACACUGAU